UAUUAGACCUCUUAAUUACCUUUUUAUAUCAAAUGGAUUCAGUAAUAUGGUAUAAAAAUUUAAACAACUGUUUUACAUGAAAAUUUAUAUUCGAUAAACCAACUUAUGUGCUGAUGAGGUCAAAAGUUAUCUGUAUAGACCGGGUACUUGUUGGAUGUAUGAACACAAUUCACUUAAAUCAAGAAAUCGAAACUAAAGAGACUGGUUUCAUUGAAAGUUCCAAAAUGAAGUGUGUUUGUGUCACUGCAAUAUUUUGCUUAAUAUUUUUACUUUCAAAUAGUGAUGUGGAAGCAGGCCUAGUUAUUGAUUUGUUUGGAAAAGUUCAUGAUUCAGCUUUGAAAGUGAGACAAGAUGUAAAAUCUGUUUUGGGAUUUCCCCGCAGAGAUAUGGUGGAAAAGAACACAAACGUUGUGAAAACGAGUGAACCUAAUGAUAUCAAGAAAAAUACAAACAAUGUGACUGAAUUACCAUCUACGACAAGCGCGCCAGCCACUACAAUUGCUUCAAUAUCGACUACAACAGAAGCAUCCACUACUAAGAUCUCAACUUCUACUGUUGUUGCUUCAACAAAUUCUGAAACAUCGACACUAUCUAUUCAGCCAACAACGCCGACAGCGACGGUUCCAGAACCUACAAAUAUAACAGUUUCAGAGGCAAUUCCACCUAUUACACCUACGAGUAUGACUACUACUUCAGCCACUAAAGUUUCAGAGACAACAACCAUUUCUUCAGCAGCCAAAGUUUCAGAGACAACAACCAUUUCUUCAGCAGCCAAAGUUUCAGAGACAACAACCAUUUCUUCAGCAGCUAAAAGUGUUAAGAUGGCUGGAAGAGAAAACAUGGCUGGUGGAUGUUUAAAAGGAUUUGAAAGGAAUGAUGAAGGAAAAUGCAAAAGAAUAUUUUAAUGUCUACAAUAGCAUAUUUCAUACGUAUUACACGUGUAUAUUAUAACAAUAAAUAAAACUUUACUGUCCACCCCAAUUUAUAACAC